CCCCCGUGUUCGCUCCCGCCACCAUCGCGAGCUCUCGCCCUCGACCUCGCAACAGGACCGGGACGGAGCCGUGCUGUCGACUGGAGGUAGGUCCCCAUCCCAUUUCGCCCCUCGCCGUCCGCCUGCUGCUCCCAUACGCCACCUCGCCGUCUGUCCGUACACCACGAGGUUCGCGGAGACAGUGAUGACGACCAUCACCACGUAGCUCCGCUCCGCGCUGCUCUCCCCGGUGGCCUCCUCCUCGGCGCGCCGCCGCGGGGGCAGGCACGCGUCCUCCUCCGUCCGGUGCGCCUCCUCCUCCCUGCCCGCGGCGUCGACGGCCACGUCGCUCGCCCAGACUUCGACAAGAAGGACUUCCACCGCAACCUCACCCGCAAGAGGUUCGGCCGGAGACGCUCGAGCUCAUGAGCCAGGAGUACACUAGUGAUGUGAUCAAGACGCUCAAGGAGAACGGGAACACUGCUUCUUUUGCAGGAAAGCGCAUCAUUGUGAAGAAUAUAGCAGAGGAUUAUGAGUAUGCAAGUUUUAACCCAGUUGCGUACGACAUUGCUAACCAAUUAUGCGAGAUGGUGGCUAACUAUCAUUCAGCAAAGCCUCGUAUACUGGACUAUAACAAAUAUCCAGGUAUUGCAUUUUUAAUAAAACUAUUUGUUGUGUGAACUAUAAGUUGUGUCAAAAGCACAUGAUACAUUAAUUCAGAAAGAAUUGUACACAUCAUCAUACAUAAUUUAAAAACACUACACUCCUCCAUAAUGAAAACACUACUUGAUAGGUUCUGACUAUAUUAUUGCAAAUGCUUACACUAUAAGAACUACGACUCUAUAUACAGUUGUCAUAGGUGCUCGACUAGAUCAUCUUGAAGUUGAGAGUGAGCUUGUUGGUCCCUGAUAUCAUGAUUGCUUUUAAUAAACUCCAUAAACUGAGAGAGCUCAGGGGUGUGCUUCUACAAAGGAGAUAACCCAAGAACCCUAGCACAAUUUCUUUUCUGCACGAAUAGCUAUCAUGGUCUACUACAGAUUGCACUAUACGAAGAAACAGAGAACGAGUCAUUCUAAAUCUACGCAGAAAUAAUAAUAAAAUGAGAUGAAAGAAUAAAAAAUAAGAGAGAAUAAAUACAUAUUCACUAAUUACAAACCUGCGCUGAAAGAUAGUCGAGUCAUAUAUGGGAGCCUCUGAAAAGUAGUCUUGGUAUAGUCUUUCAUGUCCGGCUUCUCUGCCACGAUGAAUUACUCGAUAUCCUGGCACGGAACCGCCAUGGCAUUGAGCAUUCAAGCGCUGAUCUUUAUCGUGCACUUGAAAUGCUGUAGCAACAAUGAGUUUGUCGUCAUCAAAUAAGGUCGACGACAAAUCCAUGCAAAUUUACUUGACGAUGUUGCGAUGUCUCAUUGCGAUCUUGGAGAUGAGAUAAAGAUGUGUGGCAGAGGACACAGAGAGAAAUGAGAGAGGAGACAUAGCUCAGGAAUGGCAAAUAGACUUGCAUAUAUAAAUCUGAAAAAAUAGUUGUUGAAAAAAUAUCCGUUAGAAAUAUAGCUGUUGAAAAAAUAUCCGUUGAAAAAAUAUCCGUUAGAAAUAUAGUCGUUACAAAAAUAUAGUCAUUACGAAUAUAAUGGAGAGUGAAGUAUAGAUAUGCUGUUGAAAUGGUGAAGUAAUAUAGGUGAGCAAUCUAUAUGGAGAUAUAGAAGAUGUACGGUGAAGUUACUCUAACAUCGCAGUACUGGUUAGAUAUGGAAAUGGAAUGCAACACCAGGUUAUCAGGGUACGUAACCUGACAAGAAGUAACCGCUCCUUUUCAGAAUUGAUGCCCACCCAUAGCCCUUGCAUUGGAUAUUUUCCCUCUUUUCAGAAUAUCUUUCAGAUAUUUUUGUUCUCUUUAUAUUUUUUAUUUUUAUUUGGCUAUGUGCAUCCGAGUGUAAAAAUAGAAAAUAAACCCUUAUAUGAUUGUAUCAUUCUAAUAUAAUGAUAAUAAAAAAAGUAACAGCUCCUGACAACAAUUAAAACCUUUCAGCUGGUAGGUACUAACAAUCUGAGAGACUGAGAUAACUCCUCCCAAGAAGAUGGGGGUAACCAAGAAAAAAGAAUCUACCGUCACUGCCCAGCCAGAUCAGCCAGACAGAGGAGAGAGAGACCGCUUUCCUACAUGGCUGUCACCGUCGCACGGCUGCGCGUCCCCGUCACCGACCCUCCACCGUCACUUCUUGUCGCCGCACCUCUCCCCGAGAGACGACGAGCAGCUGCAGAAACGACUCGCAAGUAUGGCAUACUGUUGUUGGAAAUAUUGACGGGAAGAGUUCCCUGUUCUGAGGUGGAUGGACCACUGGAACAAUGUGCAUCUCCCUACUUUGGCGGUGAGAUGAGUCUUGUGGAGCUGAUUGACCCUAGUAUCGGUUCCUUCCCUGAAGAUGCUGCGCGUGCACUUUGCGAGGUUGUUAGGUCCUGCAUUGAUCCAGAUCCAAAGAAGAGGCCACAGAUGGCAGAGGUCGCAGCUCAGAUGAGAGAGAUCGCAGCGUUGGGGCCUGACGGAGCAACUCCAAAGGUGUCACCGCUAUGGUGGGUUGAGCUUGAGAUCAUGUCUUCUGAGAGCAAAGUUGGCUGCAUGCGAGAUGAUAUCAUGUCUCCCUCUGUGACUUAAAGUUCUUUGAUCUGUUGGUUGCUGCUAAUCUUAUUUGUGGAAUUGGUGAUUAGGUAGAGGAUGGUUGGAAAUUUGUUCUGUGUGAAAAAUUGCAAAUAGGUAGUGAUGUUGUACAUGUAAAGAGGGUUAACAUUACAAGACUGA